CCGCUCCUUCCGGCGCGCGUUCCGGCCCGGCCCUCCCGGCCCCCCCGGCCCCGCCCCGCCCCGCCAUGGCCGCGGCGCUCGGGGACGGCGCGGCGCGGCCGCUGCAGCGCGCCAUGAAGCUGGCCAGCGCGGCUCUGGAGCUGGACGCCGGUGGCCGGCCGCGGGAGGCCUACGCCGAGUACCUGCGGAGCAUCCGCUACAUCUCGCAGGCGCUGCUGGAGCAGGCGGACGGCGGCGCAGAAGCCGGGGACAUCACGUCCCCUGACACCUCGAAGAUGCUGAGGCUGGCGGAGCAGUGCCUGGAGCGCGCCCAGUCAACGGCCACCGUGCUCGGAAGGACACAGCUGCGGGCAGCCACAGCGGCGGUCACUCCUGGCUCCUGUCCAGCCAGCCGGCACCGGCGGGUGUGCUCAGAUGAAGGCGGGAAACUCUGUCCCUUCCUGCCGCCAGAGGUGUUUCAGAAGCUUCAGGUGGUUGAGUCACAGAGUUCCAAGAAGGAGUUGACCCCACUGGAAGAGGCUUCUGUGCAGAACCAGAAGCUGAAGGCUGCAUAUGAAGCCCGGAUGGCCCGUCUGGACCCCAGCCAAGCCACGCAGAAGACAGCACUGACCCUGUCCCUGCAGCGGCAGGUGAUGGAGAACCUGGUGAUCGCCAAGGCUCGGGAAGAGACACUGCAGAGAAAGAUGGAGGAGCGCAGGCUGCGGCUCCAGGAGGCGGCCAACAGGAGGUUCUGUAGCCAGGCGGCGCUGACCCCUGAGGACCGUGAACUGCGGGCUCUCUACGCUGCGAUCCUCGAGUACGAGCAGGACCAUGACUGGCCGAGAAGCUGGAGAGCCAAGCUCAAAAGGAACCCAGGGGACCUGUCACUGGUGGCCAGCCUGGUCUCACACCUGCUCAGCGUCCCAGACCACCCCAUCUCACAGCUGCUGCGGAGGCUCCAGUGUGCUGUGUACCGGUCACUCUACCCCAUGGUCAGCUGCUCCCUGCCUCCUGACACCCGUGGACUGCGGGCCCCUGCAAGCCGGCGUCUCCGGCCCUCUCAGAGUCUUUACUGCAUGCUCUCGCCCCCGGAGCCCACCGACGAGACCCCUGCCAGCCCCCCCGCAGCCCUGCUGCAGCCCGGCCCCACAGACAGCGGCUCUUCCGGGGCCCCCUCGCCCCUGGUGGAGAGUUCCUCCCGCCCACCGGACAAGGACAGUUCAUUUGAAGAUCUGGAGCAGCUCCUGACUGCUUCUGAACAGCUGGGCGGGCAGCCCGGGGUACAGCCCGAGUCCCUGACCACAGGGGUAUCAAAGGAGCCUCUGAUGGAGCAGCUGAGGAGCCUGGUGAGGGACAUACACAACGCCAUCGACAGGCUGCUCUCGCUCACGCUUCUGGCCUUCGAAGGCUUAAACACAGCCCCCUCCAAGGACCGCUGCCUGGCCUGCCUCGAGGAGCCCUUCUUCUCCCCGCUGUGGCCCCUACUGCUGGCCCUCUACAGGGCUGUGUACCGUCUUCGGGAGGCUGCUCUGAGCCGAAGCAUGGAGCUGUACAGGAAUGCGCCCCCGGCAGCUGUGGGCAUCCCCGCCCGCCUCCUGCCCCCAGAUCCCACGGCCCUGGGCACCGACUCCUACCCCUACUUCUCUGCUACCCAGGAGCUGGGGCUGCUGGUCCUGGAGAGCUGCCCGCAGAGGAAGCUAGCCUGCAUCGUGCGGGCACUGAGGGUCAUCUGCGCCUCUGCUGAGGAUUACUUCCGGGCCCAUGAUGCUGCCCCCGUGGCUGGGCACCAGCCUGGCGCUGCCGCCAUGGCACCCAGGCCCCUUCCCGGCUGGCGGCCCACCCUCCGUCUCGCCUGCAGCGGUGCCGACGACCUGCUCCCCAUCUUGUCCUUCGUGGUGCUGAGAAGUGGCCUCCCCCAGCUGGUCUCCGAGUGUGCCGCCCUGGAGGAGUUCAUCCAUGAGGGGUGUCUGAUUGGAGAGGAGGGCUACUGCCUGACCUCGCUGCAGAGCGCCCUCAGCUACGUGGAGCAGCUGCCGCGGGGAGCCCUGGGCAAGUAGGGCUGAGGAGCAUCACCCCAGGGCCACGAAGGAGCCCCCAGGACUGCGACCGGUGGGAACGGACGCUGCACCUUCCUUCCCCCACCCCACUCCUGUGACAGUGCUGGGAACAGCCUGACCUGCCUGCCCAGUGUCUACACUGGCUGCCCUGUCCACUGAAGCCUCUGCCAGUCAUGGGCAGGGCUGUGGCCAGAGCUCAGUCUAGGGUACCCCUGCGUUGAGUCUCAAUCCCUUCUCAUCCUUCACUGUAGGCAUUCUGGGACCCCGGGCCAGCUCCCUGACCUUUCUGAAGGUCAGAGCCCGCUGUGCCCCUCACCCUCUUUUACAUGCCAGUGGACAAUUGCCAGCUGGAGCACAAAUAAAAGCAGUUACUGGCACUGGUCACUGGGUCGCCACCCAGUUGCCGGAACAA